AUGGAGUAUCACGUCUUCAAGCAAGUAUUCCAGACGGUCUUGAUCGCCAUCUUGAUCCCCUUUGGCGCCAUGAUCAUCCUCGAGAUCAUUCCCACCGUGAUCGGCAACAAGACUGCUCGUCAGGCUGGAAAGAAGAUUCAGGAGCUGAAGGAGAGAAACGCCGACUUGAUGACUGAGGUCGAGGAUGCCAAGGAGUCCAAGCAGAAAAUCGUCAAGCUCAUGGAAGAGCGCGAGGCCGACAAGCACGAGAUCGCUGAACUCACGAAGAAGCUUGAAGCCGCCGAGGAGAAGUCACAGCUACUGACUGACGCGCUUUAUGUGGAGGCCGAGGACGCUGAGAAGUCUCAGCUGGAGAUCGUCGACUUGACGGACGAGCUGGACGCCGCGCGCAACUUCGCUGCCACUACCCUCAACACAGCCUUUCAAACCAACCAGGAGGCGCGCGAGAAGACUGUCGAUAUGCUUAAGGACUUGUCCGAGAGAAUUGCCAUGUUCCAGAAGAUCGCUGAGAUCAGCAACAACUCGAUGAAGCAGCACCUGGAACAGGUCCGCAAGUUCUGCAGCUUCGGCAACGUCGGCUUACAGAAUUGGACCGGGGAAAUCAAGGUUAUUCAGGAAUGCAUCAGGCUUGAUUAUGGCCGAAUCAAGCUUCUCGACGAGGCGACUGCCAUGGGGCACAACUUGCAAGCCACCAUGGAUGAGAUUGACGAGGCCGCGAAGAAGCAGAGUCCCUAUUUCAAUGCCCCUUCUCCUUCUUGUUCUGCUUAG